GGGGGAUCCGAUCAGUCAGAUCCCGCGCGCUCCCCUUGUCCUUUUACCUCCCCUCUCCCUGCUGUUUUUCCGGUGACUCUCGCGAGUUUGGCGCUCCCAGGCCGGGAGGCUGCAAUAUGGCGGAAGCCGAAGGGGAGAGCCUGGAGUCCUGGCUGAAUAAAGCCACCAAUCCUUCCAACCGCCAGGAGGACUGGGAGUAUAUCAUUGGCUUCUGUGAUCAGAUCAACAAGGAGCUUGAAGGGCCUCAGAUUGCUGUCCGGCUGCUGGCUCACAAAAUCCAGUCCCCACAGGAAUGGGAGGCAGUCCAAGCCUUAACGUAAUUCCUUCGACAACACCCCCAAUGAGUGGUCAUCCAACCUUCAUUUGAAGACCUUCGGGGAAGAAGGGUCGCUAUCUGCCACGACAGCCCACUCUACAAGCCUAAAUACUCCUCUCCAGCUUCCCUACAGUGGUUCUAGUUCGGCCUUCUGGGGCUAAACAGUAUUUUAGCGCCUACUUUGUGCAAGGCACUGUGCUUGAAGAGAGAUAUGAUGUCUGUCUUUAGGCUGAAUAUCUCCAGUCUAACUGAUCCCCGUAUAUCACUUUGCCACUCACAAAUCUUCAGGGAUACCCUCCUACCUCUGUGAUAAAAUAUAAACUACUCAUCUGACAAAAAAGGCUCUCACAAUCUGGUUUCCACCUGAUUUUCCACACAUUUCAUAGGCCUCAUCAUUUCCUCUGCUUUCCAACCAAAUUGGCUGUUCCUCAAACUCAGCCUUCCACCUCCAGUCUGCAUGUCUGGAAUUCACUCCCUCCUCACCUCCCACUCUCAUAUUCCCACACUCUCUUCAGGGCUAUAAGCCCAAGUGCCCCUUCUCCCAAAGGCCCAUCUCCUAGGUGCCCUUCAGUUUUCUCUCUUUCUCCUCAUCGCCUUGCACAGUGCUUUGCACAUAAUAGGUACCUAUUAAAUUCUUGUUAAGUUAAAUCUCUUUCUCAUAUGACUUCAUGGUUUCUAGACCCUUCAUUAUCCUGGUUAUCCUAUACUCAAUCAACUUGUUCCAGUUUGUGAAUGUCAAUCCUAAUAUGUUUAUAAAUAAACUCAACAUCAGUUGAGGUGGUCUGCCGAAUCUAGUGAGACUGUCACCUCCCUCAUUCAGGAGCCGUUUUCUUGAUUACACUACAGAGGAAGUCACAGGGCUAUUUACUCCCUAAAUGUCACUUAUCAUCGUGUUGGCUUUUUGGACGUUUUGUUGCACUGUUGAGUUGUAGAGAAUUGGCAGUCUACUAAAAACCCCAAAUCUUUUGUACACAAACUUCUUUCUAGCUGUGCCUCCCCCUUGGUCCCCAUUCACACCUCUCUCUCACCUGGCCACAGGUGCUGGAAGCAUGUAUGAAGAACUGCGGGAGGAGGUUUCAUAAUGAAGUGGGGAAGUUCCGUUUUUUGAAUGAGUUAAUCAAAGUCGUCUCUCCCAAGUACUUGGGGGACAGGAUCUCAGAGAAGGUGAAAGCCAAAGUCAUCGAGCUGCUGUACAGCUGGACAGUGGCCCUGCCAGAGGAGUCCAAAAUCAAGGAUGCUUACCAGAUGCUUAAGAGACAGGGGAUUGUGCAGUCUGACCCCCUGAUUCCUAUGGAUCGGACGCUCAUCCCCUCCCCACCACCUCGUCCUAAGAAUCCUGUAUUUGAUGAUGAGGAGAAAUCCAAGCUCUUAGCCAAGCUGUUGAAGAGCAAGAAUCCAGAUGACCUCCAGGAGGCCAACAAGCUCAUCAAGUCCAUGGUGAAGGAGGAUGAAGCUAGAAUCCAGAAAGUGACCAAACGACUGCACACUCUAGAGGAAGUCAACAACAAUGUGAAACUUCUCAAUGAGAUGCUGGUUCAUUACAGUAAGGAGGACUCAUCAGAGGCAGAUAAAGAGCUCAUGAAGGAGCUGUAUGAUCAAUGUGAAACCAAGAGGAGAACAUUGUUUAAAUUGGCCAGUGAGACAGAAGACAAUGAUAGCAGCUUAGGAGACAUCCUGCAAGCCAGCGACAAUCUUUCAAGGGUUAUCAACUCCUAUAAAAAAAUUAUCGAAGGACAGGUCAUUAAUGGUGAGGUGGCUUCCCUAGCCAUAUCUGCCCCGGAAGGAAGCAACCCCUCCAGUAACCUCAACACUCUGAUUGAUCUUGCCGAAUUGGAUACAUCUAGCAGCCCACCCCUGGUGCUGGCCCCACAGCCUACCCCACCCUCCUCAGACAUCCCUAUCCUUCCACCCCCUCCACGAAGCUGCUUGUCUAGUCAGGCUGAAGCUUCCUCUGGGACCAGCGGCGUGACCAACUCUCUCUCCCUGUUGGAUGAAGAGCUGUUAUGCUUAGGCCUCGCUGACCCAGCCCCUAGUGCUGCUCCCAAAGAGUCAACAGGGAAUAGUCAGUGGAACCUGUACCAGGGCAGCCCUUUCCUCCAGUCCUCUACACAGCCCUUGAACAGCUCCCCAGCCCCACUGCCUCCUCCCUUUACGGCUCCCGCUACCAAGGCCAGCGUCCCUGCCCCCAACACAGGCUCAUUCUUGUUCUCCAUGGGACUGGCCACGGCUACACCCCAAAAGGUGGGGCCGCCAGCCCCCGGGUACCUCAACUCAGCUGUGGGUGAUAGUUCCCUGCACCAGUUGGAUGUUCUCAACCAGCUUCUGGAAGAGACCAAAGGGACAUCAGGCUUGGUGAAACCCGUCUCAUCCAGCUUCCUCCCUGGGGUCACCUCCCCGAUCAUCCCCAGCAACACUCCAGUGGGGCCACCUGUCUCCUUUCCUGCUGGGCCCAGUAGCCCUUUGUUCCAACCACUGCCAUUCCAGCAGGGGAGCCCCAUGAAGGGAAACGAGCUCUCCCUGACCAAUGUCCACGUCCCAUUGGAAUCUAUCAAACCAAGCAGUGCCCUUCCAGUGACAGCCUAUGACAAAAACGGCUUCCGCAUCCUCUUUCAUUUUGCCAAGGAGUGCCCACCUGGGCGGCCCGAUGUGCUGGUGGUCGUGGUGUCCAUGCUGAACACAGCUCCACUGCCUGUCAAGAGCAUUGUGCUUCAGGCAGCAGUGCCCAAGUCCAUGAAGGUGAAGCUGCAGCCUCCCUCAGGGAUAGAACUAUCUCCAUUCAACCCUAUCCAGCCACCUGCAGCCAUAACCCAGGUUAUGUUGCUGGCCAACCCAUUGAAGGAGAAGGUAAGGCUGCGUUACAAGCUGACCUUUGCCCUUGGGGAUCAGCUCAGCACAGAGGUGGGUGAAGUGGACCAGUUUCCCCCAGUGGACCAGUGGGGGAACCUAUGACCUAUCAGGACAGCUGUGAUCUCUGCCAAGGAGACAAGGGAUGCUGCCAGCUGCACCAGAAAGGAAGAGGACCACAUGUGCACCCUGGUGCAGUCCUGCUUUGUUUCUGUGGCCUGACAACAGAGCUUAGAGUUUUACUUUGGAACAUGGAAAAUGGGCAGUGCUAAGCUGGCCACUUCUUGGUCUUGAACAGAACCACCCCUCCCCACACACACACUUUUUCCCCCCUUGUACUUUAACAACUUGAAUUAACGAUACAGCUGAGGGACAAGGCACAGCCAACGGUCAAGGUGGAUGGUUCUCUCUUCUCCUAAGCAAUAUCUGGCCUGGAUCAGUUUCUUCACUACAAUGAUGAGGGGAGCUCUGCCUGUACAUUUUCCCAGAUCUCCUGUACUUAAUUAGCACCUGGUUUGUCACCACCACCAAAGACUCUUGGCACAGGAGGUAUUUGGGCCAAAACCCCACAACUGCUUCCUCUCUCAGUAUUAUAGGCUGGAAGUGGAUAGGAAAUGUUAACAAGGGUGAUGAACUGUCUUUCUUCAUAUAGUUCAGGUGUUUUCUGGCUAUGUGCUACAAGUACAACAAGAGAACUAACUAGAUAGUACAUGGGAAGAUAAGGCAACCAAUGUUCCCCCAGUGCAGGGGGUAGGGGAACAUGUGCUAGUUCAAAGCUUGGGCCAGUGAACUGGUAUAGAAAUGAUACCUCUUCUCCCUGCUUAGUGCAGAAUAAAGAACUGCCUCCCUAUCCUGCCGCUCAGGCUUCUUGAAGAAUGCUUCUACGAACACUCUGUAGCACACUUGGAUGUAUAGAAUUAGUAAUAACAUAAGCAAAUUGCACUAGGCUUUGUCCAUGUCCAAAGCUACAAGUGGCUGCCUGGCCUCUCCUCCCUCCUUGGCACCAUCAGCAAGACAGUAGGUCUGGAGGAAGAAGCUGAUGAAAGGAGUGGUUCCUAAGAGCCAACUUCACCUACCAGCCAACUGGCCCUGCCUGUAAGAGGGCUUUAUAGCUACCUUUCUGCAAAGGUGGGAAGAAAGAAGCCAACUACAUCCCUUCUGUUCUUUCCCAGCCAACAUUAAAGCUCAAUGUAGCUCCUAUAUGCCCAUUUAGAAAGCAGGUUUCCCUGCUUCAGAUAUAUAUGUGAAUCAUUAAACUACAGCUAAGGAACACAAGCUUUCCUGAUGGCCGUGGUGCCCCGUGAAGACAGUCUAACUGUGUGGUGAUGUAGAAGCUUCGGGCACUGAACCUAAUGAAUGUAACUCGUUUGUAUGUUGAGGUUGCAGCUGAACUAUAUAUGAACUGUCUCGAAAUGCACUGGUUUUGCUGCAUGUCAAAUAAACAUUUUCUGUAGGGUUUGACUCCA